AUGGGAGCUAACGAGUUUGAAGGCAAAAUCCCAAGUGCGAUUGGGCAACUUCGAGAACUCACCGAACUCGAUCUUAAUUCGAAUGGGUUCAAUGGUACCAUUCCAUCCUCUCUUUGGAGGCUGAGUGAGUUGAAAUCCUUGGAUCUAUCUUAUAAUCCACUGAGUGGGGAGUUGUGUGACAUUCACUUUGCCAAACUCACACAAUUGAAAGAAUUACGCUUAUCCUCCACUCUACUUGCUCUGAAUCUCUCCGGAGGGAUCCCUUCAUGCAUUGGUAAGCUUAAAACGUUGGGUGUGCUAAAUCUAGCAAACAACAGUCUCUACGGGCACAUUCCAAUUUCAUUGGGACAUCUCAAUGAUCUCCAAUUUUUGCACUUGAACCGAAACAAAUUUACAGGGAUGGUCCCAUUCUCGUGCAGACAUCUGAAAAAUUUGCAGUAUCUUGAUCUUGGUAACAAUGAGUUGGAGGGCAUUAUACCAGCAUGGAUUGGCGAAGAACUAUCCCUUCUGAAGAUGUGA